AUGGUUAACCGACCCGGGGUGAGGAAGAUUAUCGAAGCUACAGUCCGGCGAACUCCGGUUAACGACGGAAGCAGCUUCGAGCUUUUGGUAGCAAGGCUGAGCGCUGGGCUCAGGGCUUACGUAAAAGAGGAGAGCAAACGGGUGCGGGCGACAAUGACUCACCUGACUAACACGGUUGCAGUUUUGACGCAGGAGAUGAUGAGAAAUCCCAACUGUUCAAGGACGCGGGAGUUGCUGAGGUCGAAGGAGGUGCAGCUGAAGAUGUAUCAGUCGGCACGGAAAGACCGUUUGCACCUUCACGCUGGCUCAACGGCGGAGCUGACAGGCGAGAUCGCAUCCAAGCACCUCUCAGCGCAAAUCCAAGCACGGAAAGCACGGACGCAGAUUUCGGGGCUAAAGGAUGGAGCUGUGUCAAUAACCGGGUCGAAGGAGAUAUUGGCAGCGGCGUCUGGUUUCUUCAAGAACAUCUUCGGCAGAGAUCGUCGUACUGACCACACUGACUGGAGCUUUACUCCAUCCCGCCGUCUGGACAAGUUUGUAGCUGAAACGCUUACGGCGGAUUGGUCUGAGCAGGAGGUGAAAAAAGCGUUUGCAGCAAUGGCGAGGAAUAAAUCACCGGGCAGUGACGGUCUUCCGAAAGAGCUGUUUGAAGCGCAUUGGGACCUGCUGGGGGGGAGCUUUAUGGCCAUGGCGAAGGACUUCGAAAGUUCCGCGGUGCUGCCAGCGGAAAUCAAGGAGGCGGUGACGAUACUGCUUCACAAAAAGGGGGACAAGGUGCAGUUAAACAACUACCGGCCCAUCACGCUGCUGAAUUUUGCAUACAAGUGGCCUUGGUAG